CUCAAUUAGUGCCAGGUCUGGCUCAAAUUCCAAUGUGCUCCAGCAACGCCUGACCAAAAACUGUUCCUAGACCAUGAAGUCGGGCAGCGUUCCGCUUACCUCGUGCGAAAGAGAUUUUCUCCUUGAAACCAUAAGAUCUAGAAAGCGUUUAGACGGACGAGAAACCUACGACUACAGAAAACUCAGAAUUUCCUUCGGUGUGGACAGAGGGCACUGUGAAGUGCAGUUGGGCCGAACAAGGGUUCUAGGACAGGUAUCAUGUGAGGUGGCUCAACCUAAGCCUAACAGACCCACAGAGGGUCAGCUGUUUGUCAAUGUUGAACUCUCACCCAUGGCAUCACCAGCAUUUGAGUCAGGAAGAACAACAGAAUUCAGUACUGAACUAAACCGGUUUAUGGAGAGAUGUUUUGUUGAGUCCCGAGCUAUUGAUGUUGAGUCUCUAUGCAUUGUUGCUGGUGAAAAGGUCUGGUCAGUAAGAGUUGAUCUACAUGUUUUGGACAAUGGUGGUAAUAUCGCAGAUUGUGCAAGUAUUGCGGCAAUCACAGCCUUAGCUCACUUUAGGCGGCCAGAUGUUACGGUCAUAGGUGAAGAGGUCACCAUUCACUCCCCAGAGGACCGUGACCCAGUCCCUUUGAGCAUUCUUCACAUGCCUGUCUGUAUAACAUUUGGAUUUUUUGACGAAGGCCAGCUGUUGCUCGUAGAUCCAACAGAUAAGGAAGAAAUUAUAAUGAAUGGUAGGAUGAUCAUGGCAAUGAAUAUUCAUCGUGAAAUCUGUGGCGCUGUAAUGGGUGGUGGUGUGUCAUUAGAAUCUGACCAGAUCAUCAGGUGUUCCAAGAUUGCAUCAGUCAAAGUUUCAGAAAUUGUUGCCCUUAUACAAGAGGCACUGGAAGAGGACACUAAACAAAGAGCUGUUGGAAAGACAGGAUUAAUAGAAUCAGACAUGAAACCUUCCAUUGUUACUGUGACUUCAGCUGAUGAGUCUGAUGUGGACAUUACUGAAGCAGUAGAGAAAUCAGCAGAUCAGCAAUCUAGUGAGAUGCCAGAAGAAUCUCCAUGGGUAGUGGAAUUAAAGGUAAUCUUGCACAAUUAUUUAGUAGGUAAUUUAUAUUAAUCUAUUUAGUCACAAAAGAAUUGAAGAAAAAACCUUUGCUGAACCACC